AAUAAGGAAGCAAACGCCGUCGGAACCGAGCUGGAGCUCCUCUACUGCUGUAAAGUGAAAGCAGAUCAGGCGACAGCACAGUAAUAGCAUUCAAGGCACGACGGCAGUGCUAAGGAAGUUAGCCGUCAAGCUAAUUCCUCCACAGACUCCAUAUUAUCUCAAAACUAGCAGUAGACAGACACAAACCUAAACAGAAAAAAAAAAAAAACAGAAACAGAAGGGGGGAGGAAGACACAGACGAGUAAGUACACUGCAGUGAGCUGCAAACUGACUUACUCCUCUUAAUCAGCCACCAUGGACCACCACGGGGAACCCCAGGAAGGAGCCAUGGGGCUGAAACACGAGGAGCUGCCGCAGAUGGAUGGGUCAUGUGAUGCGUGCGAGCCGGACGAGGCCCAACCAGCCACCCAAGUGUGCCACUCCUGCAGCUUCGCCUUCUGCCCCCUCCACGCUGACAGACAUGCCAGCAGCACACAUCACCCGCUAACGCCUUAUAACCACGACGAGACACAAGCUAAUGGACUUGGCACUGACAGAGACUUGAGAGUUGGAGAUGGAGCUGAGGAUGAGGCCGGUGCAGAGAGGGCAGCUGGAGUGGGCGCAUAUCAGGGGAUGGAACAGCUCGGGGUGGACGAUGGAGACGCGAGUGGUGAUGCUGAAGGAGCGCAGAACGGUCUGCACCCGGAGGCUGAGCUUGGUGACGGAGCAGAGGGUGCAGGAGCAGGGCAGGAGGCCGGGAAGAGGGACACUGUCACUGUAGAGAGACUGCGCUGCAAGGAGCACGGACAGGAAGGCUCCCUCUACUGCAAACCAGAUGAGAAGAUAAUAUGUGUGGUGUGCGCCGUGCAGGGUGAGCACCGCGAGCAUGAGAUUAUCACCCUGCACGAGGCCUACGUGUGGCAGAAGAGCAGGCAGGGGUAUGACCUGCUGGGCUGCACACAACAGAUGGCUGAAAAGAUCAAGACCAAGUGGACCAACCCCGAGAUGUCCACAGAUGAGCUGGAGGAAUAUGUGAACAUCCAGUUCGAUGAGCUCCGCAGAUUGGUGCGUCUGGAGGAGAAGAGGACGCUUCACCUGGUAGACCUUAAAGAGGCGUUCCUGACAGCGUCAGCCGCUGAGAAAAUUGCCGAGAUCAGUGUCGAGACUGAGCGCCUACAGGAAGAGAUGGCCAACAUCACGAACCAGCUGUGCCUUUUGGAACAGGCGGAGGCAGGAGGUCCCGCAAUGGUCGCAGAGGCGCUCAUAGCAGCGCCCGGACCCGCCCACAGAGUGCAGCACGACAUUGAGGCCAGGCCAAGGCUACCGGAGCCGAGGGCGAACCCCAUGAUGGACCCCCGGGACUUUGACGAUUCCGGGCCAUCAAUGGACCACGCCCCCUGAUACCAACAGAGCCGACUCCGGCAACACCCACCUGUCCUUCAGCGUCCGCUUCAGCCGGUCGCCGGCCCUGUCAAACUGUCAGGCUGGCCCUCUCUCUGUCAGCCUUCUCCCUUUUACCCUGCUCCCCUCUCCUCCUCCUCCUCCUCCUCCUCCUCCUCCUCCUCUCGGUGCCUGCUGGCAGUGAGCUGACCUUGAAGAAGGCUGCCGCUGUGACAAAUAUAGAUGGCCACGUCUUUUCGGCUCCCAAACUUUUUUAAUUCCUCACCGGCUACUAACUUUCUUUAAUUGAAGCAAGCAAGUUAUGUGCAAUCAAUUACCAUCAGGCUCAAUUUUCCACAGCCAGUCAGAUCCUUGGCUUACUGGUGAGCCUGGCUGACUUGUGGCUAGGCAGCCAGGCGGAGCAUCUGCUAAACCCAACAGAUGUCAGGAAUGGGAAAUUCAGCAGCGUAGCGUCACAUCAUUUAUUCGAGAUAUAUUUUUGGUUCUGUCGUUUUGACAAACAUCCUCAGACUUAGAAAGGGGAACAUUUGUCAGAUGCCACAAUGCCUUACAUCAGUCGGUAGAAGAUGCUGUAUUAAAGUUGUUCUGGGAGCUCUGUUCUGAUUGUUUAACAAAAAAAAAAAAAAAACAGAAAAGGGAAUUUCUCUGGCUUUUGUUUUAUAAUAUUGCCUCUUAUACUUCCUGUCAUGUCGUUGCCUUCAUCCCUCCUUCCCGUCCCUCUGAUUCCCUCCGCUUGUGGACUCGCGCGCACUUCCUCGCGUGUUUGUCAGAUCUAUUAUCAGAAGCGGGGGACAUUUUGACACGUAUUGAUCGCUGAAUGCUGCUGAGUCUUUGUUGGGUGAAAAUCGAACUGUAAUUUGACUGUGCAAAAUAGCGCUCACGCAGUAUCAGCUGUCUGUGUACGGUAAUACACAGGUUCAUUACUCCUGGCCAAUCUGCAGCGCAUGACGGAUCACCGUCCACACAAAUGUAUGCACUUCCUACCUUGACCCGCUCAGCCAUAGCUUUUAUUCAUGAUGUACCCACCACAAGUCUGUCUGUAUCAGCAGUUUGCUUUAAUAUGAUUGAUUCUGUUGCCUUAAGUCAAAAUUGAAAGCCUGUGCUUCACUUGUAAUAUGUUUGACGACAGCACGACUUCACUACUGAGGCGCUGCAGGAAGAUGCACUGAGAGUUGUGUACACACCCAGGGGAAAUGUUGGAGUGUCAACAGCCUAUUGAAAAAAAAAAAAACCUCCAACUGCUCAUUUUUUUAUUCGACUGUCUGAUGUUUCCUCUUGUUUUUAUUUGUCUAUUUUUGUCUUAAAUCUAUAAAUAAAGAGCCUUUUUCUCAGAUUGAAUGUCAAAGAUGGCAUUCAUAUAUUCACUUUAA